ACCGGUUCUCUGGCCAUUAUCUCAAUGAGCAAGAUAAUAUAUGAGCGGUAAUCCUUUUGUCUUUUGUUUAGCCACAAAAUUUAUUUCACAGAAUCAGUUCCCAGAAUUACUGUAAAAUGGAUGGAUCUGUCCUUCUCAUACAACUCUAAUCAAACCUACAUAGAGUUGCAGUACUUGCAUGGCUGGAUUCACUAUUGGAUUAUAAAGUUGUUGCAUUUCUUGAGAUGGAAAAUCAAACUGUAAUAACAGAGUUUAUACUCUUGGGACUCUCCAGAGAUCCACACCUACAAGUGUUUUUCUUCUUGUUGUUCCUGAUGAUUUUUUUGGUGACACUAUUAGGAAACUCGGCAAUCAUGCUGGUGACCAGGACUGAUUCUUGCCUUCAGAACCCCAUGUUCUUCUUUCUCAGUCAUUUAGCUUUUGUUGACAUCUGCUAUUCAGCUGUUACUGUUCCCAAGAUGUUGGAAAACAUCAUAGGAAAACAGAAAACAAUUUCCUUGGAAGGAUGCAUUGCACAGAUUGUUUUCUUUUUCCAGGUUGCUUGUGCGGAAGUAUUCAUCCUCGCAAUAAUGGCUUAUGACCGAUAUAUUGCUAUCUGUGACCCAUUGCAUUAUACAACAAUCAUGACAAAAAUAAUUUGCAGACAUCUAGUGAGUGGUGCCUGGGCUACGUCUUUCUUGGUAUCACUGGUGAAUGCCCUGCCUUUGUUAAGUUUGCAUUUCUGCAAGAACAAUAUUAUCUACAACUUCAUCUGUGAGCUUCCUUCAGUCUUGGCCUUGUCUUGCACUCAGACCCUCACCAAUUACAUUGUUCUUCUUAUAACUGCUUUGGUCUUUGGUUUCAGCGCCUUCCUCCUCACCCUCAUCUCUUACAUUCACAUCAUUUCCACCAUCCUGAAGAUUCACUCAGCAGAGGGCAGGCGUAAAGCCUUUUCCACUUGCAGCUCCCACCUCAUUGUGGUGGGAUUAUACUACAUUGCAGCUUUUUUCCGGUAUGUGAAGCCAAAUUCUGAAUCACUCAUCUAUCUGGACAAAGUGGUAUCUAUCCAGUAUAGUAUAAUAACUCCCUUGUUAAACCCUAUCAUUUACAGCUUGAAAAACAAGGAUAUCCAAAAUGCUCUGGCAAAAAAGUUUGGAAAGUAUAUGUUUCUUAAAUAAAGUUAGGCUCUACUGUCUAGAAAAAUGUACAGUACAAUAAGUUAUGAUGUUAAGAUUGCAUACAUUGACAAUCACCGUGUUAAGGGCAUAAAAGGAGAGCAGAUGCUUAAAUGUAAAAUAUCAUACUUCUCUUACCAUUCAAGGUAGACCCUUUAAAAUAGAGAGAUGAUAUACGAUUAGGUUAAAGAAAAUAAAAAGGAAUGCAGAACUGGAUUCAAUUUACUUUCAUGGGGGGGAAACUAUGUCUGCAAUUAACUAAAGGAGAAUCUGGAACAGAUAAUGUUUUGGAUGGGAAAUCUGGGAUAAAGUCAUUUUUCUUUCUGAAUGAGAAUAAUGACACCUUUGUGGAUAUGUAGUCAAAUUGUCAGUACGUGUGAUUUACAAAAGUAAUAUUUGGUGUUGGAGAAGAACAUAGAAAAAUCAAUCUGAAUGAGAGCAAGUUCCAUAAUUAUACAUUGCAGGGAUGGGGAACCUGUGGUCCACUAUGUGCUGUUUGACUCCAACUCUCAUCAGUCUCAAUCAGCAUGAUGGUCAAUGAUGAUGAAAGUUGAAGCCUAACAUCAUCUGGAGGGCCACAGGUCCCACAUUCUUGCUGUAGUAACAAAUAGUAUUCUCCCAAACAUUCACAAAUAGGGUAUGAUGUAUGUCUGCUCUCAAGUCAUUUGAUUUUCUAUUUCACUAACCUGUUUUUUGUAAGAUGGACAUAUGUAGGGGGAAAGGAGUGGCAAAUAAAUUUGGUAUUUAUGGCUUGGAUCCCAUUCACUCCAUAUAGUUUGGGUUCUUCAGAAAGUCUGUUGCUUCCAUUUAGUCUGGUACUCUGAAUCUAUCCAGUUGCCAACCAGCCAAAUGCCUCUAGGAAGCUUACUAGCCAGAUAAGAGUUCAAGAACCUAUGUCUAGUCUCCAGCCUCUGAACCACAUAGUUAAAUUGCCACUGAACACAAGGCCUCAGAAAGGAGAAUUGUGUACAUCCAGAUAGUGCACAACUUCUUUCAGGUCUGACAAUUGGUUAUACUGGCUAGGAUAAUGUGAGUUGAAGUCCAGUAACAUCUGGAGAACCACCAAUUCCCCAUCCCUAUUAUGAGUACAGCUGUGUUGUGAAGUUUUAUGUUUGUACUACUGAGAAAACCUGAGGUAGGAGUACCUUGUUAUGGUAUGUGGGACUUCAAAGGUGGGUAUGCCAUUCUAAUCCAUAUCACUUUCAUUCAUAAAUCCAUUUCAUCGUAUUUCAGCAUUAAUCUAUGGCACACUGUGUAUUUAUAUAUGUAUUAAAAUGUU